AUGGAGUCUCAUGAGCAAAGCCAGGCCCAGCUCAAGGCCAGCUCGGGGAUUACUCAAAACCCUAAAAUUCAAGAACUAGAUAAACAAAAACAAGUUGACGAUGAAAAGGGUUUGGUAGUAGUAAAACCAAAUUACAAUAUCACCACAAAUGGAAAAAGAGUUUAUGUGGAUGAUAGAUUUGUUUUCCCACCAGGUUAUCGUUUUUGUCCACAUGAUGAAGAACUUAUUAUUCAUUACCUCAAGAAGAAAGUAAUGAAUGAUCCUUUACCCCAUGACAAAAUCAAGGAGGUUAAUCUUUAUAAGCAUAGUCCUCAGGAGCUUUCAGAGAACUAUUCAAUGCUUGGAGAAAGGGAAUGGUACUUCUUCACGCCAAGGGAUCGAAAAUAUCCGAAUGGUGAUAGGCCAAACCGCGCAGCAGGAACAGGCUAUUGGAAGGCGACUGGAGCUGACAAACCUAUAAAGCACAACAAUGUUAAAGUUGGAUUUCGAAAGGCUUUGGUUUUUUACGAAGGUAAACCUCCCAAAGGUGAUAAAACAAAUUGGAUCAUGCACGAAUUUAGAGUGAAUGAAUCGCGCAGGCUCAAAACUCAUGCAUCUGACAUGAGGCUCGACGAUUGGGUUCUAUGUAGGAUUUACAAGAAAGUUGACAAAUCAUUCAAAGGUGUCCGGAAGCUGGAGGAGCACGAGCAAGAAGAUGCUAGCAGAAGAUGCUCUUCAGUAGGUAAAGUGGAGAAUGGCGACUAUGAAGGGACUAUCGAUUCAUGUGGAGAACUUGCUAGACAACAUUUCGAGCUACCUCAUCAGUAUGAUAUCACUCUUGAUGAUCCUAACUUUAUCAUGGACUAUACCAAGUAUAGUCCAGAUUAUUUUUCUCAUUAUGGAGCAAGAUCAUCAAACUAUGGAAUGCACCUUCAACUAUCAUUUUCUCCUGGAAACAUGUUUUGGGAUCACAAAGGAUUAUAUCAAGAAACCAACAACCUUUUGCCUGUGCAUUUCGACUUCAACAACUUCUAUCAGGAUCCUUAUGAAAGCAUGGGUGAAAUUCAAUCUCACAAUGUUCUUAAUCUUAAUGGUGUUCUUGAUGAGAACUCAUCGAUCAAUUAGGAUUGAUUAUUCCAUAUUGAUCGUUAAUGAUGAGGUAGGGCUAUAUAUUAAGACCUUAGUGAUAGCAACUAGCUAGUUCAUUAGCUUAUUCCACUGUUUUUUAGAGAGAUAUAUAUAUAGUACUAGUUUUGCUACUUCCUAGUUGAAGUUGGU